GGCGCUAUGGCUGAUGAAAAGAAAGCACAGCAAGCUUCCAAGAAGGGCGCGAAGAAAAUCAUCAAGAAGGCGCCAGCGAAGGGCGGUAAGAAGAGGAGGCGGACCAGGAAAGAAAGUUAUUCCAUCUACAUCUACAAAGUGAUGAAGCAGGUUCACCCCGACACCGGCAUCUCCUCCAAGGCCAUGAGCAUCAUGAACUCGUUCGUCAGCGAUAUUUUCGAGCGCAUCGCGGGGGAGGCUUCCCGCCUGGCCCAUUACAACAAGCGCAGCACCAUCAGCUCCCGGGAGAUCCAGACCGCCGUGCGGCUGCUGCUGCCCGGGGAGCUGGCCAAGCACGCCGUGUCGGAGGGUACAAAGGCGGUGACCAAGUACACCAGCUCCAAGUGAAGGACCGCAUUGCAUUAAGACCAACACAUCCACAACCCAAAGGCUCUUCUAAGAGCCACCCACAACUUUCCUGAGACAACGGAACCAAUUCUUUAAGGGUUUGUUUUAGUUUGCAUGUUAUUCAUGUUGAGAUGUUUUAAAUUUUCGUCCUACAUUCACUUUUAUGGUUGCUUUGCAAUUGGAUAUUUUUGACGAGGCGUUUUUAGUCACGUUUGAUUUUAUCAGUACUUUGCAAAUUAAACAGUCCCUUCUCGGUCUGUAGCGAGAGCAGAUUACGCGUAAGGGUCAUUUUUCAUCUCAUUUGUUCAACUUCCUAAAAACCCUGGUGGAAUGUUAAGUUUUCACCUUGGCAAACCAAACGAAAGUGCCCACAGCUUUCAGUCUCACAGAUUGAUGUAUUUUACCCUUUUUUAACAUUGCCAAAGCGCGGGUUUAAUCCGAUUUUUCAGAAUGCAAAAAGUAAAGCACUUUCUGCUGUCGGGGAGAGGCUUUCAAAGUGAACCGAGAAAACACCAAAACAGCUGCCGCACUGAAAUGUGAAAUUUGGUUUUUGCUGAAUCUGAUCGAGAGCGACGAGGGAGGGCGAUUUUAAAAUAUCGACCAAACACCGUGUUCGCCAUUGACACGGAGCUGGAAGAACGUUGUGUGCCGCGUUAUCAACGUGCCGGGGUGCAACUGAAAUGUGAAAAGACAGUGUAUAGCCUGUUUUGUUUCAGCUCGUCACAAGGGUUAGAAAAUUGCCCAUUCUCAAGAUCAGAAAUGGAAAGAUGGAGGUGGGCAAAUGAGGGAGAGACAGAUCGUGUCACGGAUACAUUCAUAAAUAAAAGUAAAUUAGCAUACGAGUAGUAAGUGUUUUUAUACGUCCUCGGGUUUUUUUUUUGGUAUUUCAUUUUUCAAUCUAAAACCUCUUCCUUUGUAAAGUGGCGGGCUUUUCAAAAUGGAAAAAAGCGGUUGAUGAUUUGCCAUGUCCUGUCCGGAUUGGGGACUGAGGCACAUAUCAGA